AUGAAUCGGUUCUCAGCCAUGGACAGGUGCAUCCGGUCGACAGGACGCUUAUGCUGCUCCCUUUUGAGAGAUGAUGAACCGUGCUUUAGGCGGAGCUCAAACCUGAGCCUCGAUUUGGCAGCUCGCUUACGCGAUGACAGCCGAAUUAAGACUGGCACGACCCCUUGGCACAAAAGCGCUUGUGUCCGAAGAAGCUCUGAAACGGAGACCACACGACCAGGCGAGUCGACCAAGAGUGUCAGCACGAUGCUUUCCCCAAGGAGAGCAGAAGAGGGGGUCGCGUGCUUCGAUCGACCACAUGCGGCAUCCCUCGACGGGAAACUUGCCGAAGGAUGCGGCUCAAGCAAUCCGAGAAAUCUGACCUCUUCGUCCACAGUACUCACGCAUCGCAAGAAUUGUGGCUUGAAUGGAUCCAUUUUGGACCUGUGA